AUGGGCCCCAAGCGGUCCAAGUCCGACCGGGAGUCGCUGGUGCCCGGCCUGCCGAGCUGGGAGCCCGCGCUGGUGUCCGCCCGCCUCGAGGAGGAUGCCUGGAAGCCUUUCAUCACUUUCAUUAUUGGGACCAAGAUUGAGGAUGAAAUCCACACCCAGGCCUUGGCUCUUGCUGUGCAGGUGCCACUGCGAAAGCUCUUCAGUGUGGUAACGCGUGAAGACAUUUACAGACAGAUCGCAGAAUCUGGGGGUCAGAAGGGAAAAAAGGCUAAGGAUGCACCUAUGUAUUAUGAGGUGAUGGAAUUAGCCAAAGCCUUUCUGGACCAGGGUGAAGAAAUUCCUGUAACACUAACUGGAAAGCUGUUGAAAUUUCAAUUGCUUUGUCUCAAGCAGAAGGACCUUGAGAGAAGAGAAGAGGAAAAGAAGGCAGAACAGCAGCAAAAAGAAAAAGAGAAAGAAAAAGAAAAAGUGAAGCUUCCUGAAAAGACAUCUGGAAAAGAUAGUAAAGGAAAAAAGUCAGUGGCACCACCCCCCGUUAAAAAGGACACCAAAUUGAAACAACGGGGAGAAGUGGAAGUGAAAGACAAGCACAUUGAUGAUGAACCAGAUGAUGGUGCUCAUCAUUACUUUAUCAUUCUGGGUUUCUCCAAUCUUCAGUUGUUGCCUGUCUUGACUGACCUUGGGAUUAACAUUUCAAGUGUAAUUCGAAUUUCUUCUGAAAAUUACAAGCCAUUGCAGAUAUACUUAGAAGCAACUAAACUUAAAGGACAAUCUUCAAUUUCAUCUGAAGAUGUAGAAGCAGAGAAAAGAAAGGAAGAUGAAGCUAACAAAGAUCUGGAAACGUUUUGGAAAUUCCUGGAGCCCAUUCUGAACAGUGGAAAGCAUGGAUCAAGUCUCUUUGAUGUUGCCAGGCUUCAUUACCUAGUUAAGGAAAGUGACUUUCCCCCUGACUGGUCAGACGGUGAAAUGCUGCUUGCAUUUGGUACUGUGCUGUUUGAACACAUUGCUGGUUUGAUGUAUGACUGCCUGGACUGGAGAAGACAGCAUUGCAACUACUUGGAAAACACCAAGUUUAUUAAUGUGCCAAUGUUACCAGAGAGCAAAUCAACACAAUCUUCUGCAGUUGAGGAACAUCCAGCACCAGCAUCACAGAUAACACCUACAAAGAAAAAAGGGAAACCAGAAGAAAUUCUGCCAACAGUAGUUUUGUCAGAGGCAUCUGAAGAAACUUAUAUUCUGUUUCCUUCUGUGGACAUGAGGUAUUACAAUGACUUGCUGAGUCAAAUUCCUGAGGAGUUCUUUUCUAUACCCUUAAUGCUGAGCUGCAUGUUGGAACAGGUUAUUGCAAGUGAAGAAUACCUUACACCACCAAGUCUGGUAGCACCAGAGACUCAGGCAGAUGGACUGCAUCGUGCCAUUGCAGAUCAUAUAAUCUCUGUCCUUCCUUCUCUUUCACUUCCUAUGAGUGAAAAAAAGAAUCUGUAUGAGUACUUUUCUCCUAAAUACAGUGAACAAGAGACUGUCACCCCCCAGUACCCUCUCUUAUUUAACUACCAUGAUGCCGUGGCUCAGCGGUUGCACCUGUUGAAGGUCCAGGAGAACCUCAAUCCAGAAAAGAUUGAGCGUGAAAUGAUGGAUAAACUGCCUCUUGCAGAAUUUAUCCAUUUCACCCCUCCUUCAGCUGAAAACAACACUAAACGCUUAGCCAGAGCUCAUGAGCUCAUGCAUUAUUGUACUACUGAACUUCUGAGUUGGGCUGAAGUAGAAAGAGCCUUCAGAGUGUUUACUUUUGAAAGUCUGAAGCUGACCGGUCUGAGUGACUCUGGUUUCCUGGAGAGCUCUGGAUCUAGGGUUGGAGGUGAUUCUGAAGUGUCUUAUAUCCCUUGGGGUAAUCCAGACAUGUUUGCAAGACAACUGAGACAACUCUUCCUUAUGGAAAAGAAGCUUAAUGGGAAAUCUCUAGGAGGCUCUGGGUAUACAGAAACAAGUGACGAAGAUGAAGGAGAUGGUGUGGUUGGUCCCCUUUUGAACAUAGAAUUGGAUCUUCUUUAUUCUGAUAUGGUGAGUCUGGAAAAUUAUGGCUUAGGACCAAGUUUAGAAGAAAUAAAAAAGACACACAGGCGUUGCUUGACAGACUGGAGUUUGGAAGAGCAUUUUCAACCACAUGUUCUUUGUCAGGUUCUUCAUACAGCAUCCCAAGAAUAUAGAUGUAUUGAUUCCUUUUAUCAUACGCAAGAUAACUCUUUACUACUUGUUUUUCACAAUCCUAUGAAUCAACAUCGUCUGUGCCGAGAGACUUGGAAUAUUGCUCUGCACUCUAAUGUUGGAUUCAGGAACUAUCUUGAGCUGGUGGCCAACUCAAUUGAAGACUGGGUGAAAGAGGAGGAAGCUAAAUACCAAAAAGAGAAGAUGGGCAGCAUGUCCGGACCUGAGAAUGUAACAGAGUCCCAAUCCAAAAAUGAAGAAAGUCUCAUUAUCAGAGAAGAUUCUCUAAAGGCUUGGAAGAUGGAGCAGGACCGAUUACGAGAGGAACAAAAAACAGAAAAGGAAGAAAAACAAGAAAAGGAAGAAAAAUUGCAAAGUAAAAAGAAAGAACAGGAUAGAAAUUAUAAAGAAUGUAGAGAAUCAAACAGGAAACCUGAUGAAGAGAAAUCUCAAAAAGAGUUAGCAAAAGCCCCUGUACUUGAGGAGGACCAUAGCAUCUCAGAACCAUGUUCUGAGAAAGUUUAUAAGUUUCAUGGCUACAAUACAGGGGAGGAUAUCAUUCAAGUAUCAGGAACCAAUCAAUAUCUUUUCCCAUCCGAUGGAGGACAGAUUCAAGUAGAGAAGACAGAAUUUGUAAAAAAAACUUUUAUAAAGGUGAAAGUAAUGAAAGACAACCACAAUUUCUUCAUUCAUGUCACAGACCCCAAGGAAAACUUCAAAGAAGCUGAAGAGCAAGAAAUUAAUGAAGGGCAGCAAAUUAGAUCAGGAGAAUUGAAAAAUCACAAGAAAGCUGUGAGCAAGUUUGGAUCUUUUUCAGCCACCUUGGAAAAUGGAAUCCAGCUGUCCCUGAGCUAUUAUGGACCUACAGGGGAGGCAGCAGAUGAUGAAACACGUCUUGUCUUAGCAAGAAUUCUGAACAUCCCUUCUGUUCAUCUUCCAACCGUAGUUCCAAGAACAGUUGCUCCUAUUACACCAGCUCUGGGGAAAAAAGAUAAGUCAGACACAAAAAAAUUGGGAAAAGCUUCUGGGAAAGGAAACCGUGGCAAAUUAGCCCCUUCAUCACCUGAUGACCUGGUACAGCAACAAGAAGAAAAGAUGGAAACGGAAGAACCAGUUCCCCAAACACAAGAGAUGUCAGAUGCUCCUGCUUUUCCAAGUUUGAAUGUCUCCUGUCCCAAUGGACUUGUAUUAACUUUCCUUAGUGAAAGGUUUCAAGAUUUGAAAGGUGAAGCCACUGCCACAGAAGCAGAGAAAGAAAUGGUAGAGGAAAGUGAGGCCAAAACAGAUGAAGGAGAGAAGGAAGAGGUUAUGCAAAGUGGAGAGGAGGAAGAGGUUAUGAAAAGCAGAGAGGAGGAGCGUCAGGUUACAGAAGGUGAAAUAAGGCACGAAGACACCAAAAGUGAACAGGCUGAGAAGCCUACUCUAAAAAUUCUGGUUAGACAGAGCUAUCCUCAAAAGGUAAAGAACUCUCAUCUUUAUUCACCUCCAGCAAGGCACACUGAACAAGAGGUGUCAAGAGUCAUCACUAGUCAUGGAACUGUCAUAAAGUACCUAAUGGAUGGAUCUACACAGAUUCUGUUUGCUGACGGCACAGUGAGUAGGAGCCCUGAUUCUGGUCCUGUCCUACCACCAACUACAAUUCCAGAUAAAAUACAACACUUAUCAGAAUCAGAGCUUUUACCUGAGACCAGCACUAAGAAAGGAAAAGGCAGUGACAAGAACAUUCCAUUAUACUCACCCAAGGAUGAGGAGUUUGAAGAGGCCAGUUCUACGCAACCUAAGGCAGGAACUUGGAUAACAACCACUCCAUUAGGCAUUCAAGUGGGCACAGAGGGUGCAACAAGAAUGGAUCUGAAGCCACUCUUAAUGUAUCAGGCCACAAACCCACCUGACGGAACGAUUAUGACUGUACGAGAAGAUGAAGUUAUAAUUGUUGAGAAGCCGGGUGGUAACAGAGUAGUAGAGCAUGCUGAUGGUACCAGGAUCACAACUUUUUAUGGAAAAUGUGAAAACCUUUCUGUACCAGAGGGUAGUGUGAAAACAGAUGAACCCUCAGAAACCACCACAAAGAAGCUCAAAGGUACACGAGUAGAGAAUCCAGAGUUUGCUACUGUUAUAACAAAUUGUGAGGAUGGUACCUGUUGUACUAUCUUUGGAGAUGGGACUUCUAUUCUAGCAAAGCCACAAGGAACAUAUCAGGUUUUAUCCAGCAAGGGAGGCUUUCUUUUCUUUGAUGAAGAUUGCUCAGCAGUUUAUAGCCAUGAAGUUUAUGAUUUCAUCAGCAAGGAGGAAGAGAAAAAAGCAGGGAGAUACAUUAUGAAACACACUUCCAGCACUAUUUGUAAGAUGAUGGAUCCUCAAGGAAAUACUUUCAAGGUCCUGGCUGAUGGCAGCACAGAUGUGUGCAUUCCCAGCAUUGGCUGUGAUGACAAGGGGGACACAAGUUCAGCAGCAGAUGAGCUUAACAAACCUAUCACUUCCGAUGAGCAUGCCCCCAGGUUUUUCAUCAUCUCUGCAGAUGGUUCUGGAACGGAGCUCCUGCGGAAAAAGGAUGUCUGCAAGUAUGUGGCUGAGGCCUGCAGUGAUCCUGCCACUGUAGUCUUGCAGGAUCCUCUACAAGAACAACCAGGUAUUUUAAGUAUUACUAUCCUCCACCCUAUGGCUGAAGCAUCCCCCUGGGUAAUGAAGAAAGAACCAGAGAGUAUUGUUCCUCCAUAUCUUCAGUCAGUGACUCAGGAAGAAUCUUAUCCUCCUAAGGGGGAGAUCACGGGUGCCCCAGCUGGAAGAUGUGUUUGGAAGGGUCUCAGCAUUGGAUCAGCACAUUUGUCCAUGCCAGGCCCUGUGCGAAAAUGUCCCAAAAAACUGAAAAUCCGCCAGCUAUACCAGUAUAAGCCACUCUGUGAAGAACUAAGAGACAAACUGCAGCUUUCCCUCAAGGAAUAUAUAGACAACAUCUUAAAGCAGGAAAAUGAGCUGGAAGAGAUGAAUGUGAAAGAACCAAGAACAGAAGAGGAAAAGGAGAAUGCUGCAAGUCUCUUUGAACUGAUUACAUCUUUCCCUGACUGGAAGAAGUCAACUGAAGAGCUCAGUGAUAGAGCCCGUGUGAGUGAGCUGUAUGAGCAGGCAGUGGCUCCUCCUGCCCGGGGUCACACAGAGAAGACAAGCACUGCACAAAAAGAGAAGCAGCAGCAGAGUCCAGAAGGAGUAACGUCCAAGUGGCAAAGCAAACUAGAACAGAACAGGAAAGAAUUGGAUGAACAGAAGACUACAUUUAUGGCAAUAAAAAACAGAAUAUUUGGUCCAUAUUUUGAAUCUGAAUUCAGCAAGGACUUUUUCCAAGAAAAGUUUCCUGACUUGGAAGCAAUGUCUAAGGAACUUCCUCCACUUCAAAAAGAAGAAAGCGUGACUUCCCCUCUGUGGAUGUUAAGAGAAGCCAGUGGAGCAGCUGAAUUUAAUACUACAAGUGAUUCAUCACUUUCAUCUGACCUUCCGCUGCAGGAUCCUUCCAAACAAGAUGAUGAUUCCAGCAGCAUAACAGACCUAAACACCGCAGCAAGAACAGAAGAGACACCCUUUCAGCAUAAAGUUCCAAGUCUCAUGGUGGAUGUUACAGGACAGUCAAGAAAAGAAAAAGUAAUAUUACCAUUAUACCUUCAGGGAAAAAUACCAAACACCAUACCAAAUAAAAAGAUAGAAGAUCCUGCCUCAGGAAAGCUCAGCACAUCUUCUCCCGCAACAAGACAGGAUCUUAACAGCUUCCAUCUCAUCCCACCCAGUGUGACAUUUGGAGUGCUAAAGGAAGGCUGUACCUAUGCCACCACUGUAAUCAUGAAGAAUGUUGGUGUGAACUUCUCAAGGUUUCGGGUGAAGCAGCCACCUCCACACACAGGACUGAGAGUGAUGUACACACCAGGACCUGUGGCAGCGGGCUUGCAGAUUGAACUGGAGAUAGAGAUUUUUGCCAUGCUAAUUGGAGGGAAAGACACUGGUGGCCUUGAAGAAGUUUCCCAUAAUAUUGAAAUAUUAACAGAAACUGAAACUCUUCUCUUGCCUGUGAAAGCAACUGUGUUAUCCAGUGACGUUUAUGAGUGCCGCCCAGAAGGAUACCCCCAGGGAGGGAUGGCAGCAGCAGUUCAGGCAGUUCCUACAAGUCCUAAGCCACGGUUACGGAUUAUGCUCCCACGAAAGCCUUGCAGUUAG